AUGAAGCCUUCAAAGUCAAGUGCAACUAAAAGAAAAGAGGCAGCAGCAACAAAAGAUGCAAUUAGCAAACUUCCCAAAGUUACAUCAUUCUUUACACCUAUUCCAAGUAAUUGCACCAGCAAUGAAAAAAAUUGCUCUAAUGAAGUGGUCAUUCAUGAACAGUUAGAUAUUGCGAAUAAUCAACCUAACGCAAUAGAAAAGUUGUACACUCUACCAUUGCCACCGUUUAGUUCCGUUGCUUGUGACCCAGCCAGCUGGUCUGAACAAAUUUCUGAUGCUCAACGAUGUGACCUAGUCAAACGUGGUUCUCAACAGGUUGAUAUUGACUUUCCAUAUAUUAUUGCUGCAAGGCGUCGAUUUUCAACGGUUCAUUACAAGCGUGUGAUGAAUAAUGGAGAAACUGUGCCUCGCUCAUGGCUUGUGUAUUCGGUAAAAUCUGACAAGAUUUUUUGUUUUUGCUGUAAACUUUUUGAAACAAAUGAAAGUCCGUUUCGUAGUGGUACUAGUACAUGGGAAGGACUAUCAAAGAAGUUAAAAGACCAUGAAACAGGAACAUCCCAUCAAAAGUGUUUUAGACAAUGGAUGCAGCUUAAAGAGGGUAUCAACAAUGAUUCAUCCAUAGAUAAACAAGAAAUGCAGCUUUUUCUUAAAGAAAAGCAAUUUUGGAGGGAUGUCCAGGAGCGUCUUAUUGACAUUAUAAAGUUCCUGUCAGAAAGAAAUUUAGCAUUUAGAGGUUCCGAAGAAGUACUUGGCUCACCACACAAUGGAAACUUUUUGGGUCUGUUUGAGCUAUUAGCAAAAAGAGAUCCUGUACUAAACGAGCUACAGAAAAGGAUUGAAAAAAAACAAACACAUGAUCAAUACCUCAGCAACAAAAUCCAGAAUGAGUUAAUUCAACUUAUUGCAAAAGAAGUAGAAAAAAAACCCUGA